CCUACUCUUUCUUUACCUACCGCGCAACCACCUACGUCGCACGCGUCGUUCACGUAUCUCUUUCUCUCUCGUGUAGGCGCAUCAGUCGCGCCAUCUCUCUCCCCUCGUCUCGAGAAUAAAUAGGGCGGGAGAGAGAAGGAGAGAGAGAGAGAGAGAGAGAGGGAGACAGAGAAAGAGAAAGAGAGUGAACGAGCGAGUCGUGUCCGGCGGUGGCCCGGACGAAGGCUGCUGCUGCUGCUGUUGCUGCUGCUGCUGCUGCUGAUUCUGAUUCUUCUACUUCAUCGUCCUUUUUCUUCUUCUUCUUCUUCUUUUUCUUCUUCUCCUCUCUUUCUUCAUCUUUCUCUCUCUCUCUCUCUCUGUCACUUUCCCUCUUUUUUUUGCAUCAUCGUACGUCACUCCUCCCCCUCCUCCUCCCUACACACCCAUCGUCCUUUUCCACCACUCUACUCCUUCCUACUUCUCCCCUCGUACGAAGGAUCAGACUUCUUUUCUUCUCGCAGUGUGUUCCUCGGUGUUCGAUCGACGUGUCGCUUUAUUAACCAUCUCGCGAGUUCUUCCUCUUUUUAUCUUCAUUUUUUCGAGUAAUCGAGAGAGGAAGAGAGAGAAGGAAUAGAGAGAGAUAGAUCUAUAGAAAAGUAUAAUCUCUUGAAGAUAUAUCCGUGCGUGUGUGGAUAGGAACGAGACAGAACGAUGAUGCAAGAUCGUCGAAAGACCAUCGUAACUUCUUCUCGCUCUUAUUAUUAUUCUUCUUCUUCAUCCGUCAACCUUCGAACAAGUCCGGAUUACGUACUCCUUUUAACUCGACGGGGGUAUCCCUCGAGAGAAAUUUUAACGAGAGAGUACGAACAAAGCUCGUAAAAGUGUCCCUUCGCGAUUAUAUUAUAGCUUAUUCUCUUUCUCGUGAAGAGAGUAAAAGCUCUCCUCAUUCCUGAGAACUCGGGAGGUGUCUGGUGCUCUAGGAUAUAUAUUUCCCCGUUUUGUGACGAAGAGAAAGAAGAGAAAGAAGAGAACCCACUCGUGGUAGGCUGUGUGUACCAGGUGAUCGCAGCGAGCUCCUCGCAAAAGGUGCUGUACCUUCGUUCGAAGCGACACCCACCGAGUCGACCGAUCAGCUGUUCGCCGGCCGACGACGCUUCGAUUUCUUCAGACGAUCCCGAUGCUGCUCCAUCAGACACACCUACAGAUCGUCACUUCCGUAAUAACUCGCUUUACGGGCGAAAGUCCAAAGGACAAUGUUGUCGUAUAUGUUACCGACGGAGGACAAACCACCGCCUGGAGAACCGAAUCAAAAUCAUCAAAAGACUCAGGGGAAUUAUCGGAACGCGAGCAGGGUGCAAAAGAGUCCUCGAGAGCAGCAGCCGAUUCGGCAAAAGACGACGGCCUCCUCUUCCAUAAACAUUUCCGUUGCAACGACCUCGCCGAAAAAGCUCGUAGACGGAACUAGAACUAUGAUAGUAUCGAGUAGAAUCGAGGAUCAACAACCGAGCUCGAUGGAUCGUCAUCAAUAUCAACAGCAACAAUACCCUGUGCCUUCGGAAAGUCCGAAGCACAAUGGUACAUUAACGAAGAAGUCUACCCUUCACAAUUCAACGAGGGUAACCAAGGACGACAGCCUUUACAGCAUCGACAGCGACGCGAGUACGGUCGGUAGCGAUCGGAAGAACAAAAUUCUGAAUGGCGCGAAGCACGCCAGUCUCAAGAGAGUGUCCUUUGGCUCCAGCAAAGGGUCGAUGGUGGAGACUCUUGUUUACGAGACUCCUGUUCAAGAGGAACCAGAGAUCAAUCACUUUUUGGACCACAAUGGCCGCUUACCCCCACCUAUGAUACCUGUACCUGACACCGACGAAGGCAGAGAAAAGGUACGCGUGUCGUUGCUCGGUCCACAACCUUCGCCCGCUACACCUGGUGUCCUAUUGUUGGAGCCAAUUGCACCGCCUAUUGGCCACCCCAUCGACAUGGCUGCGAGUCCUGCUGAACUUUUAACGACGCAUUCUGAACACACCACCCCUGCGUAUCACACGCAGAUCAGCACGGAUAGCGGAUGGGACAACCCGUUCAGGCCGGACGGUGACUUGUCGAGAGAAGCUGACGAGAUAGUCGAGCUGAUAAAGGGUGGUAAACCAAUCACCCCGACUCCCGGACAAACGGCACCACCUUUACCAGGAUGCGAAGAGACGGGCAAAACGACGCCUGGACCGGAUCACGAUUCGAGUUCCAGUCCUCUUUUAAAAUCAAAUGCAAACUCGACGAAUCGUCAUUCGAAUGCAUCGCCGAGGCUGAAUCAAGGAAAUGGAAAUGCCCAUGGUACGCCGAUAAAAUCCUCGACGGUAGUGAAUAGUCAGCUGAGUGCAAACGAGAAGGUUGGCCCAGGAUCGAGGACCGUCGAAGUUGCGAGAAUGACGGCACAAGGACCGGGCGAUGCGUCGCAGGUCGAGCACGUCACGUUGAAGAAGAAGCCUAAAUGCAAAUGCUGCGUGUUGCAGUAACGCGAGAGAAAACGCUUUAGGACGUCUUGCGAGAUUUAAAUGGAGACGAGAGGAAAAGGAAAAGAAAAAACAAGAGAACGAGGGAGACGACGUAAUACCGGCAGCUUGCUUACUAUCGAUCGUCUCGUUUAAGCGAAUUAAAAAGAACAAAAUAAGAAAAAAAAAAAAAAAA